GGGAUGGGAUGGGGGCACGGCCUCUGUGGUCAGUGACAAUUGCAGCCUGUGAGUUAGUCUGCCCUUCCUCUCCUAAGCCAGGUGGACUGCCACCGUGACAUUCAACCACAUUACAGAAACCGCUGCCACAAUGAGGAUCUUCUCCUUUCUAUGCUUGCUGCUCUUCAGCCUUGGGGUGACCUCCCGCUACCACUCCCGUUCCCAGGAGAAGAAGAAGGUCAAGGGGUCCUCUGUGAGUGCUAGGGUAACUCCCAGAAGCAAGGACUUUGCCUUCAGUCUCUACAGGGCCUUGGCUUCUGAAGCCCCUAAUCAGAAUGUCUUCUUCUCCCCCAUGAGUGUGUCCAUGAGCUUGGCCAUGUUGUCUAUGGGGACUGGAUCCCACAGUAAGACACAGAUCAUGGAGGGCCUGGGCCUCAGCCUCCAGCAAGGCCAAGAGGCCGAGCUCCACAAGGGCUUCCAACAUCUGCUGCAGAGGUUCAGUCAGCUUAGUGAUGGCCUCCAGUUGAGCCUGGGCAGUGCCCUUUUUACAGACCCAGCAAUACAUAUUCGGGACAACUUCUUGAGUGCCAUGAAGACCCUGUACAUGGCGGAUACUUUCUCUACCAACUUUGGGAACCCUGAAAUGGCUAAGAAGCAGAUUAACGACUAUGUGGACAAGCAGACCAAGGGCAAGAUUGUAGACUUGAUCGAGGAACUCCAUAGUACCCAUGUCAUGGUGCUGAUAAAUUACAUCUUCUUCAAAGCCAAGUGGGAGACGGCCUUCAGCGACAAAAACACCCACAAGGAAGAGUUCCACGUGACCCCCAAGCAGACCAUACAAGUGCUCAUGAUGAACCGUGAAGACGAGUACCACUACCUCGUGGACCAGGGUAUUUCCUGCACCGUGGUGAUGCUCCCUUACCAAGGCAAUGCCACUGCUCUGUUUGUUCUCCCCAAAGAAGGCAAGAUGCAGCAGGUGGAGAACGGCCUGAAUGAGGGAGCCCUGAAGAACUGGCUGAAGACAGCCACAAAGAGGCGGUUAGGCCUUUACCUCCCCAAGUUCUCCAUUGAGGGUACCUACCAUCUGGAGAAAAUCCUACCCAAGAUGGGCAUCAAGGAUGUCUUCACCUCCCAUGCUGAUCUGUCUGGCAUCACUAACCAUGCCAAUGUCAACUUGUCUGAGAUGAUGCACAAAUCCUUGGUGGAGGUAGACGAGUCAGGAACUGUAGCGGCUGCUGCCACAGGAGAGGUCUUCAUGUUCAGAUCUGCUCGGCCGAGGACUCUGCAGAUGAAAUUCAACAGACCUUUUCUGUUUGCCAUCGUGGAAAACAUGGAUCUCUUGUUCCUUGGCAAAGUGGUCCGGCCCUGAGCUGGGACUCUUUCCGAAACCCACAGGCUGACCCAGAAGGAGCCAUGAGGAUACUACAGCUCAUUCAUCUGUUGGUAGUUGGUGAUUUGCUGAAUAGAUUAACUAACAAGGUGUUAUGAAUAAUACUAAUAUACUAAUGGCAGCUUCUCUGAUCAUACUUGUAAGGUAUGGGUUCUUGCUCUCAUUUUUCAUCAGUGAUUGGCACUGAGCCUAAAGAGGCCAGCUGCUUUCUCCACCACCAUAUUUGUGUCAGAGUCAUACCCAGUGCCUGGGCCAUUUGUGCUCAGUCUGUCACUAUAAAGGUUUGUGAGAGACUGGUCACUAUAGGUGACGGUCACCAGAGAGCACAUUUUUAAGCCUGGUCUCCAAUCUGUCAGCCCCAAUUAUCAGUUCAUUGUGCUUUAGGAAUGGGAAUGAUGAUGCCCCU